AUGCGGUUCUUCACAAGUCUUUUUGCUUUCAUCGCUGCUGCCACUAUCGUGGCAGCAGCACCUCACAAGAAUCAUACUAUGAUCUUGGCUGAGAAGGCUAAGAAUGACAAGUUCGUUGACGCCCCUACCUCCCAUGCUGCCCCUCAAAACCUUCCUAUUAAGGUUGACGAUCUUCAGAUGGCUGCUGCUUUCGCGCAACAGCCCUACUGCUGGGAUCAGAAGAUUGGCACAAAGGUCGGCGACGGUGAGAUUGUUUGGACUACCGGUGACGGCUGGAUCAAUCAGCGUGGCACGAUCAUUCUUUCUAAGAGCUUCGGGCUUGUCCUUGCCAUUCAGGGCACAUCAGCCACAGAUACCAAGGGAUGGAUAGAGGACUUCAGCUUUUUGUUGAACGAACCUGACGAACGGAUCCGCAGCAAGCUUGAGUCGGGCUCCCUUGUGGAGACAGGUUUCCAGAAUGCCUACCUCGGCCUUAUGGACGCUCUCAUUGGUGGAAUCAAAGAGAUGACUAAGAAGUACCAUAAGAACAAAAUUACAAUCGUUGGCCACUCACUUGGAGCGGCUAUCUCUCAGAUUGCAGCCGUGCAUGUCAAGACUAUCUGGGAUGACAUGCUUGACCGUGCGAUUCUCUUCGGUCUCCCCCGGGUUGGCAACGUUCAUUGGGCUAACUCGGUUGACAAACUAAUGAAGGGCCAACUGUAUUAUGUUUUCAAUGGUGAAGACAUUGUUGGCCGUGUUCCGCCGCGUGCGUUCGGCUACCAGCACCCAUCGGGUCAGAUUUGGAUUAACCCUGCUAGCUCGAGCCACUGGAAAUUCUACCCGGGUCAGGAAAACAUCAACGGUCAGCUUUCUCAGCUUCCUACCUUGGACGUCAUCACUACUCACCUUGGUUCAUACUUCGGUACCCUUAUUGGCUGGGGUACGGCCAUUUGCCCCGCCCAGGUCAACAACGCUCCUGUCAACUAG